AUGCACUAUAAGAUGAGCAAGUCGGAACCUUAUACAGAUAGUCCUGCCUUAUGUUUCGGAAUAGGUGACUAUAAGACAGAAAAUUAUUAUUUAUCUCAGGGAUUUGAAGAAUUGAAAGUAGCUAUAGAAAAUACAAGAACUUCAAUGAUUGAAUUAAUUUUUCCAGAGAGGGAAUGGAGCCCUAGGGUGGUUUUUGCUUUGACUCUUCGCAAACAUCUUUAUCAGGCCUUCCUUUGUGGUACCGAUAGAGUUUUCAUCUCAGAUCACCAAUCAUUUUCAGGUUUUUUCAGAUAUGAAAUUGUCAAUGGUCAAAUGACAAUAGAAUAUUAUGUCAUAAACGAUCCAGAGACUGCUUUAGAAGGUAUGACUUUAAGAUCUGCUAUAGCUGGAUUCUUUUAUAAGAGUGAGGAAAAAGCCUUCGAUACGAAGAAAGCGCUAGCGAGGUCCCUUCUGGUGGCUAACAGUGCCAAGAGGUUUGAUCCAUUCUUGAAUGUACUUCCCAGACCUGUUGAGCUUUUAAAUAAACUACCAACUAAUGAACUUCAAGGGUUGAGAAACAUUGAAGAAACAGAUGGCCUUGAAGAUUUUCAAGUAAUCUUAGACCAACCAUACUGGCGAAUAAUUCAUAACGCAGUGAAAUGGUAUCCUAAUUUAGGAUUGAAACUUCCAUACACUGUGGUUGCUGAAUUGUAUCGCUACUCUAAAUUGUUCUGGGAAGAUGCAGCCAAUGGUUUGUUAUGGGUCAGUCUUCCUGAUAAAAGAGAAUAUUACGAAAUGUUCAUUACGGAACUUUCAAUUAAUGAAAAAAAUGCGAAAUCACAAUUUGCUGCAAAUUUUUCAAAGCUCAUUGUUUCUGGUUAUUGGAAUGGCGUUCCUGAUCAUCCAAUGCAUAUAUUUGAAGAUGUAGGUGAAAAAAUUCCAAGGAACGAGUGGGAAGAGGAAAAGGUGUAUGAGGGUGUUAAAUUAAGGCUAGAAGAACUCCAUCUGUUGGGAAUUAGCCAUAAUGAUGUUAGGAUGGAGAACAUCCAUGUUUCUGAGUCAGGUAAAAUUUUGUUAGCUAAUUUUGGGUUAUCACAAUAUCCUGCAAAUGAAAAGAAUAAAAUGAAUGAUUUUGAUUUUUUGAACAGUGUAUUCCCAACCAAUACAGACAGUGAAGAUAGUGAUUCUGAAUGUGAUAUGACAAUGAAUAUGAAUGAAGACAAUAGUAAUUAA